AUGCGGCCCCCGACGGCUCGGGACCUGCCCCGAGGCGGGCACCUGGCGGCCCUGCUGCUGGCAGCACUGGCGUGGGUGCCCGGUGGGUCGCCCGCCUGCCCCGCGCUCUGCACCUGCUACGUCUCGCCGCCCACCGUCAGCUGCCAGGCCAACAACUUCUCCUCGGUGCCCACGGGGCUCCCGCCUGGCGCCCGCCGCCUCUUCCUGCAGAACAACGUCAUCAGGGCGCUGCGGGCGGGCACCUUCGGGCCCAGCACUGUCACCCUCUGGCUCUACUCCAACAACAUCUCCUCCAUCCAGCCGGGCACUUUCCGCCACCUGCCCGCCCUCGAGGAGCUCGACCUGGGUGACAACCCGCACCUCCGUGUCUUGGCACCUGAUACCUUCCAUGGCCUCUGGCGCCUCCAGGCCCUGCACCUCUACCGGUGCCAGCUGGCCAGCCUGCCCAGCGCCAUCUUCCGUGGCCUCCACAGCCUCCAGUACCUCUACCUGCAGGAGAACGGGCUGCUCUACCUCCAGGACGAUCUCUUUGCCGAUUUGGCCAACCUGAGCCAUCUCUUCCUGCACGGCAACCGGCUGCGAGCUCUGUCCGAGGGUGUUUUCCGUGGGCUGCCCAGCCUGGACCGCCUGCUGCUGCACGCCAACCGCCUGGCCACCGUGCACCGCCGUGCCUUCCACGGCCUGGCCCGCCUCACCAUCCUCUACCUGUUCAACAACAGCCUGGUGGCUCUGCCCGGGGACCCGCUGGCCGCGCUGCCGGCCCUGCAGUUCCUCCGCCUCAAUGCCAACCCCUGGGCCUGCGACUGCCGUGCGCGCCCGCUCUGGGCCUGGUUUCGCCGCACUCGAGUCUCCAGCUCGCCCGUGCCCUGCGCCAGCCCCCCUCACCGCCGUGGCACCGACCUGCGGCACCUGCAGCCCCGUGACUUCGAUGGCUGCCCUGAGGAGGACGAGGAGGAGGACGAAGGCAAAGAUGAGGAUGACAGCGAUGGGGGUGGUGGUGGCGGCGGGGCAGUGGCCGUGGUGGGCACCCCGGGGCGGGCGCUAGGCCGCCCCGGCACCCUGCCUGCCGCACCGCCUUCCGCCUUCUACCGCGACGGGCUGCCGCCUCACGACCUGCGGGGCUCCCAGCCCCGGCCACCCCCUCCAUCCCGUGACUCCCGCGGCCCCCCCGGGGACACCCCUGUGGCUGUGGCCCCCCGCCCGGCCCCCACCCUACUGUCCCUGCUGGGCCUGCUCCUACCCUAUCUCUGAGCCCGACCGGAGGGCCUCUGGACCCCUCUCAGGUCCUCCCGAGGUGCUCGGGGACAGGAGGUGUCCCCAGGACUCUGCUCCCACCCGUCCCGAGUGAAAAGAACCCACACAGGCACCGCGCGGUUGGGAAUUCUUUAUUAAAAAUGGUCUUAUUUUGGGAG